GGAUAAUAAGGAUGAAAGCGAAUGACACGCUUCUUAUCUCCGUGGAACAUUCUGAUGUGGGCGGAAUAAAAACGAAACCGCUGAACGAGAAAAUACCUUUGCCGCUUGAAAACGAAACCGCGAUUGACGCACGCGCAGACAUUACUAUAGCAAAAUGAGAACGCGUCAGUUUCCAAGAGAGUCAGUCAGUAAGUAUGGACAAGCGGAGAGGAUGUGUACGGCUGUGAUUCCAAAUAUUCAAAGAAUUGAAUCAAGAAUGGAGUACGAGAAUGAAAAUGCUGGUAUAAAACUGCUUCUUGCUCACAUGAAUAUUGAAGACUUUAUCCAAGAAGCUGACCAUUUUUACUGUGUCGGUGAAGAGAUGGAAUCAGGUAUCUCAUUUGAAGAAAGUUUCUCGCAGGACGACAUGUUGGAUGACAAUGGGGAGACACCUGUCAUAGGAGCGCCAGAUGAUGUCAUUUCAAAUGUGCAAAAACAUGGAAAGGUCCAUUAUGGGACAUCAACUGAACUUUUGGAUUUUGUGAAUAUGGUCUCAAGUACAUCGUCUUCUCUUUUGGACAUGAGUGAAGAAAUGGGUGUCUUGCUGAACAAGACAGACAUGAUUAUUAAGGAGGGGCAUUACCGGAUUGACUUGGAUGUUCUUCUUUUUCCAUGGAAACUGACGUAUAAGCCCAGAGGGCCUGGACAUGUUCCCAAGGGCUCCUUUGGGAAAGUCCAUUUGGCCCAGGAUAUCAAAACUCGGAAACGAAUGGCAUGCAAACUAAUUCCUGUAGAGCAUUUCAAGCCUGCAGAUGUGGAGAUCCAAGCCCGGUUUCGACAUGAGAAUAUAGCCGAGCUCUAUGGGGCGCUGCUGUGGGAACAGACUGUGCAUUUGUUCAUGGAAGCUGGAGAAGGGGGCUCGGUUCUGGAGAAGCUGGAGAGCUGCGGCCCAAUGAGAGAGUUUGAGAUCAUUUGGGUCACUCAGCAGGUUCUGCGUGGCCUGGAAUACCUGCACUCUCACAACAUUAUACACCACGACAUCAAACCCAGCAAUAUUGUUUUGAUGUCCGCUAAAGCCGUGCUGGUGGACUUUGGACUUACAGUGCAGAUGAAGGAUGAUAUGUAUGUUCCCAGAGACCUACGUGGCACAGAGAUGUAUAUGAGUCCAGAGCUGGUUCUGUGUCGAGGACACAACACAAAGACUGACAUCUACAGUCUGGGAACCACGAUUAUACACAUGCUCAGCGGGAGCCCGCCGUGGGUUAGAAGAUAUCCACGAACAGCGUACCCCUCAUACCUCUACAUAAUCCAUAAACAAGCUCCUCCUCUAGAAGACAUACCGGAAAGCUGCAGCCCUGCAAUGCGCAGACUCCUGGAGCAUGCGCUUGACAGGUCCCCAAUACACAGGAGCUCCGCCACUCAAUUACUACAUGAAGAAGCCCUACAUCCAUCCCGGGAUGACCAGCCGCGCUGUUGGAGUCUGGAUUCUGCGCUGGAGGACGGCACGCACCCAAUGUUGCGACAGCUGAGUCAGAUUUCGGAAAACACGCAAGACUCUUCCCUGUAUACUGAAGACUCAGGGCAUUCUAAGAAGAAAGGUUCUCUUUAUAUAGAUCUGGGUGCCUUGUCUGGCUACUACAGUCGGGUUAGGGGACCACCAAGUAAUGAGUAUGGCUAAGUUGGAUUUUUAUGCUUGUGGACCAGUUGGGUAUUUGUAUAGUUUGCUUUAAUAGAAAUGCCACCAAAAACGCUGGAGUGAAAUCAGGCACAUCCACAGUGUAUAGAUCAGAUGCUUGAAUGAUCUUCGUAUUGUGAAGACGCCGUAUGAUGGAUUGGACAGAUCAGAUGUUGACUGGACAAUGAGCUGUGCAGUUACAGUUAGAUUUGUUCUGAAAUGCAAAUUUAAAUCACAAUUUAAAGAGGUGAAAUAAUGCUUAUUUGGUGCAUGUUCACAAUUUAAUUUCUGUGGUACGAAUACAUAGCAUCCAACUUGAACAUAAAUGCAUGUGUGCUUUUUGUGUUUUGUUGUAACGUACAUGAGUUUAUAAUGUAUUCGAUGUUUUUCAUCACAUGCAUCUAAGGGCAGGGUUUAAUGAGAUUAAUCUGUGAUUUAGA